UAUUACUGGAGAAUAAAUAACCUUGUAAUGGAGCGCACUUCACGACAAAAAUGGGCAGUUCCGAAUUUGCGCAUCUGACGCCUUUCGAUUUGAUCACCGGUGGAGCAACCUUAGUCCUCAUCAUUGACAGGACGUUUCAAGACAGUCGAUAUGGGUUUCAAGAACCUUCUUACUGAGUCUCCUAUGGCAAGCUUUGGCAAGAGAAUCCAAGCCGCUCCAAGAGAAGUCAUCUUCAAUCGCAACUUGAUCCUCACCACAAUUUUGUAUGCCUCGGCCGCCAUACCUGCAACAUGGGAUCAAGGCAUGGCCUCUGCUGUACCCACCCUGCCGGGCUUUCAGCAACAUUUUGGCAUAAGCUCCGGCAGCAAUGCAAAGGCGAUACGCAACUUCGUCUCCAUCGUUUAUAUUGGUUACGCAACAGGGUCACUCGUGUCCUUCUUCAUCAAUGACCGCCUGGGUCGGCUGUGGUCAUACCGCCUAUAUCUCGCCGUGUGGGCCCUUGGACAGAUAGUCGCAACCUUAGCGCCAGCACUAGGCGGACUUUACGCCUCGAGAAUCAUCACAGGAAUCGGCAUUGGCGCUUUGACCGUCACCGGCCCAAUGGCUAUCGUUGAGAUCGCGCCACCAGAAAUUCGAGGCCUACUCACCGCCUGGUUCACAGUAAGCAUGAGUGUCGCACUCGUUUCGGCCGAUUUCUGUGUCUAUGGUGUCUUCAAGCACGUCUCAACCAGUCGCCUUCAAUAUCAGAUUGUUUUCUUCUCGCCGUGCGUGUUUCUGUUCUUCGCCGUCAUUGCCAGCUUCUUCCUAUGCGAGUCGCCUCGGUGGCUGUGUCUUCUCGAUAGGCAUGACGAUGCGGUGCGAACACUCGAGAGGCUUCGUGGCCUGCCGGCCAGUCACCCUCGGAUGCAACAAGAGUUGAGCGAAAUACAACAAUCAAUUGCACUGGAGAAGGAGCACCACGGUGCUGGAAAUCAUAACGACAUUUCCAGCAUAAUUAAAGAAACAUUUCUGGUGCCGUCAAACUUGCGAAGGGUACAGCAGACCUUUCUUUCAUACGCCCUGGCACAACUGUCAGGUGCGAGCAGUGUGACCAGCUAUUUCAUCCCUAUCCUCAAGAUUAUGGGCGUUUCAUCUGGUGGAAGUCGGAGCAUCUUUCUCAGUGCCAUGUAUGCCGUCUCGAAGCUUGUCUUCUCCACCAUUGCGUCCUUUCUCUUUAUCGACGUCCUUGGGAGGCGUAAGUCGCUCUUCAUUGGCAUCGCCACCCAGAUGGUGACGGACAUAUACAUCGGUAUAUACAUCAAGUUCAAGCAGGAAGGCGACGCCUCAGCCGCUUCUUCUAGGGCGGCACUUGCAUUGAUUUUCAUACAUGCAUUUGGCUAUGCAGUUGGUCUUCUGUCCCUGCCUUAUGUCUUUGGCGCCGAAUUGUGGCCAAAUCGCAUUCGCUCAUUCGGUGGUGCGUUGUCUCAGAGCUUCCAUUGGUUAUUCAUCUAUGCCAUGACCUAUGGUGUGCCGUCGCUGCUCGCGAACACGAACAACUGGGGAGCAUUCAUAUUUUUCGCCAGCUGGUGCUUCAUCGCAUUGAUUUACGUGUAUGUGGCUGUUCCUGAACUCGCCGGUCUGAGUGUCGAAGACAUCGACGUCCUCUUCAAGGGUCCAUGGUUCAAUGCCUACACACGCUCAAAGCCGCCCACUGAGAUCACGACUGUGGAUGACGAGAGUAUGCGAGUCAUCUCUCAUCAAAGGCAAGGAAUGGUUGACAAGAAGAAUUGAUUUAUUUCGGAACACGGCUGGCAGUGUCUCAGAAGGGUGGCACAGUCUGACCACUGUACAUCUUCAAGGCCAGAUAACUCGAAUUUAUGUAUGACACUGCCAUCUAUCAACUAAAUGUGUACCUACCACGAAUUGAUAGAUGAGAGCAACACCGUUUACCCUUUUCACGCAGCGUGAUUUACUCACCGAUCGACGACUCGUCGUCGCCCUUAAACGGAGUUAAAACAGGCC